AGUGCCCCCCGCACUUCACGACAAAGUCUCGCGUGAUUGGAUGAAACGAAAGGGAAACAACCGCAGUACAGAGAAGAGUGUUGUGUGCUGGCCACCGGGCAGGAGAUCGAACAUUUAGGGUACAGUGAGACGGUUUUAACAGGCUACUAUGGCAACAGUGAAGUGGACAGGGGGUCACCAAAGUUCUGUGCUGUGUGUUGCGGUAAACCAGACAACCGGCACAAUAGCAUCUGGAGGGGAGCUUGGCGAACUGUGCAUCUGGUCAGACACUGGAGAGUUGUUACAUAAGUAUUCACGUCCUGGUGCUGACUGCACCUCAGUAUUGUUUUCUAAAGAGAAACACUCAAUCCUGUAUGCAGCAUUUGGGUUGGAGAUUCUAAUGUUUGAUGUUAGCCAGACCUUGGAACUAGUGUAUGUGUUCCAGGGUAAUCAGGAUGAAGUGAAUCAGGUGCAGCUGGAUGAUAAGGAGCAGUUUCUUGCAGCCUGUGAUGACUCUGGUGAGAUAAAAAUCUUCAGCAUAGGAGAUAAAAAGGUCUUUAAGACGCUGCGAUUUAAACACACAAACAUUUGUUCUACAAUUUCUUUUAGGUCUAACCAUCCCUGGGAAAUUAUCAGUGGCGGGCUAGAUUGCCGCCUUAUUCACUGGAACUUUUCCACUCUUAAGUGUCUAAACAAGUUUAAUAUGCAGGAACUGCACAGCACAAGUAAUGAUGCCUCCUUGUACAUGGUGAACCCACCUUUUGUUCAUCAUAUAGGAAAGAAUGAAAGUGGAUCUCUAUAUGCCUGUGCAUUGGAAAAUGGACUCAUUGCUGUAUUUGAUGGCAGCAGCAGACAUCUGAAAGAAAAGUUUUCUCUCCAUGCACAUGAACAAGGUGUAUCACAAGUGCAUUUUCAUGGGGACAACACUCUUAUCUCAGGAGGAAAUGACUAUCGAGUGAUUGUUUGGGAUCUUAGUAAAGCAGAGCAGUAUCAAGAACACGAAAAUUUAGUAAUGAAUGGGGAUUGUUCUCCCGAGGACAAACGGAAUGAAAUUAUUACAGUCCUGUGCAGAGUUAAAAUUAUUGCUCAUCCACAUAAGGUGAACUGGCUGAUUCCAUUUGUUCGUAGUGGUCACCUCUUUGCUGCAAUUGCUGAUCAGACUUGUGAGAUUACUAUCCAGCCACUUUAGUUUUAUCAUUGGACAAAUAUAGCUACAAAAACUGCAACCACCAGAUACACUUAUGCUGUAUCUAACUGUAUGAAUUUUGCCAGUGUCUUUAACUGAUCUUGUAUAAUCAGUCCUCAAGAAACCAACAUAAGGAUGUCCACCAACAAACUAUAAAUGAAUGAUGGCAAAGCAGAAGUAAUUCCAAUAGCCUCUACAAAUAAAGUGAAAUGUAUACCAUCCUCUACUACUACUUUCUACAACAUGUCUUUCCCAGACCAUCAAGAAUCUUAAGUCGGUCUCUUGUUUAAUUUGCCCUCGUUUAUGUGCCCGGCAUCAUACAAGAGAAAUUAAUUUUUUUAUAGAAUUCUCUGCCCCUUUCUCUUUGGACUGCAUGUACAAAGUUUUUAAGUCUAGCCUCAAAACCUACCUUUUAAGAAAUAUCUUAAUAAUAUUUGGCUCACUCCUCAGUUCUUGAUCUAUGUUCAUGCAUUUUGAUGUUUGUCAUGGUUUCAUCUGUUUACUGAUGAUUGUGUUCCUCAGUUGUAUGGCUGUCAGUUUAUAAUCUUUUGUUAGCAGGUCAUUGAGUUUGCUUCCAUAUGGUAAAAUACACUCUAAAGAUUCAGUUAUUAUUAGUUAUUGUAUGAAAGAGUAUCAUUUUUCAUAUUCAAUAGUCAGUAUUAAAAACUGUUAAGAGUGAUAACACGGACUUUUACUAGGACCCUUUUUUCUUUUGGUUCUAACAUGGUGGAUAUUUUUGUGACAUUUGGGAAUGUGUAUAGAUAUAGUGUUACAGUGUUAGACACUGCUACACAGUGUUAGGAGUAUUUUUAACUGAGCUUUUGAAAAAGGAAACUUGUUUGUAUGACAUGUUUUCUAGUUAGCUCUAAAUCUUUGUGUGGAAGGGAGAUUUUUAUGAACAAAUGACAUGUACAGAGAGUUGAGGGUCCAAGUUCAGCGACAUGUACUAAUCUUGCUAGAAGAUUUGAAUAAUAAUGUUUUGAAGGAUAAGAUCGCCUGAUUAGGGCAUGUGCUAAAGGGCCAUUCUGCAAUGGAAGCUUAAACAACCAGUGAAGUAGUUUGUUAUUUUU